AUCCGUAUAAAUAUUUCCAUGACAAUCCGUAAGUUGUUUUGCGUGAGUCGAGUUUAGCGCAUUAUUUUGAAGAAAAUAUUACAAACAGAAUUCAUAUAAAUGAUAAUCAAUAAGACUUAGAGUGAUGAAUAACGGAAAAGUAAUAGAUUUUAUCGCACCAUUCACAGAACACAAAUAUAAUCAAUUUUUCAAUCCAAACGUUUGUCAUGUUUGCAAACGUCCCAGCGGAGAUUUGAUAACAUGUAAUCUUUGCAAUAUAAUUUUUUAUUGUUCCAAGGAGCAUAAGGAGAUGCACAUAAACUCACACAAGGAAAUCUGCAUAGCUAUGGCAAGGGUAACAACAGAAAAAUCUUUUUCAAAUACGUAUUCUAGCUUAGAACAGUGGGUAGCAUCACGGGACGACAUUUUAGAAAGAAUAUUGCCUAGUAUGUCACGUGACGUAUAUCAGUACGAAAAGGAAAUGAUAUUAUGUGCAAAGUCGUGUUAUGUGUGUUACCGACAGAUAAACAUAAGUCCUUGCGACACUUGCUACUCAGCUAAUUUUUGUGAUAAUCACCAAUUAGAAUUUAUUAAUAUACAUCAGAAGGACUGCGACGAGCUGUUGCUAUUACUGAACAUGAAUAUAGCCGAUAUUAGCUACGACAUAGAAAAGUUUCUGCUUUACAAAAGAAGGAAGUUCACCAAAUUUCCUAUACAGGCAAAUUUUCAUGAUACUAUUACAUUUAUUAAUGGUUAUGUACUCAACAACAAUAAACUUAUUUGUCGUAAGAUGAUGGAAGCUCCUAAUUCAACUCUUACAUGGGCAAAAGAGCAAUAUGUAUAUUCUGAGGCUGUAUCCGAUCCGCUGACAUUAUACUACGCGUUGGGGGAAUCAAAUUUAUUAUCUUUAUUAUUAUCUGUCCCACUCAAGGAACGUAAAUACAUUGUUCAUCUUAUAGACGCAAAUAAUAUAAAUGAAAUAUCUUGGAAAAUUUGGCAUAUUUUCUUACAUUACUUUGUGAGAACGAUAAAGGAUUUGUAUAUUGUAUACAUAAAAUCGCCAACAUAUAAAUCGCACGAUCUAGGAUCUGUGUGUUCCACGUGCCAAGAAAAACAUCUGAAAAUUUAUGUUAAAAAUGUACCAGAAACGUACUACACGUAUGUACGCUCAGAGUCAUAUGAACCACCAAAUGUGAUUAUACUUCAAACACGAACUAUUUCCAAGGGAACAUGGCUUGGAUCUGUAACAGCAAUUAUAGCCCAAAAGUGUCCAUUACUUUUAACCGCUGACACGAAAAAGACAGCGCAAGAAAAUAUAAAUAUAAUAGAAGAUAUAACAGGUGUAACUAGAAAAUGCUUGUACAAAGAAAAUAAAUUCCGCGGAUGUAGGCCAUAUAAAAACUAUGUAACUGGAAGAUGUUAUUACCGAAAUGCGCAUUUUAUUAUGUAUUCAUAAAUUUAAAUCACAUGACCGAACCAGUCAAAGGUUGAAGAAGAUUCAUAACUUUGUAAUCAAUGUGCUGUAAGAUUUCUUAUUAUUCCACGAAGCAUGAGAAGAUACAUGAAGACCCCUGGAUUUCUGCAGAGACAUAGCCAGUAUCAUAAUAGACAAAUCCGAUUGGAACACAUAUCGUAAUUUGGAAGAAUAGAGAGAAAUACGGAAGGAAAUUUUAAUAAAUAACUGUCAGGCAUGCAUCUGUACGUAAUAGAUGUGGUAUUAUGCGAAAAAUCGUGUUAUAAGUGUCACCGACGGAUAAACAUAAAACCAUGCGUCAUUCGUUAUUCAUCUAAUUUUUGUGAUAAUAACCAAAUGCUAUUUAAUCUAGAACAUAAGGAUCACUGCAAAGAGCUGUUACAAUUACUGAGAAUUAAUAUCGUCUAUAUGAAUAGCAAUAUCUUGCAAUUAUGUCUAAACAAACUCACGUUUACCACAUUUCCUGGUACUAGACCUUAUCAUAACAUGAUUACAUUUAUUAACAGAAAUUUAGUAA